AUGCAGAUCACUCAAUUCUUCCUCUCCACCCUCCUCGCCGCUUCUGCGGUCGUGGCCGCUCCCACUCCUGCCGAGACCCGUAAGUCCAUGAUGGCCGCCGACUCCCAGUGGACCAUUGAGGGCCUGAAGCGCGUCUGCGACAAGGGCAACACUACCUGCACCUGGACCUUCGGUAUCGACACCGGCUCCGCCGUCCAGAAGGUCAAAUACGUCGUCCACAAGUCCGGCGAUACCGGUGCCAACGACGCCAACGGCGGGCCUUCCACCUUCGGCGACUUCACCAUCACCUCCGGCUGGAGUGGUCAAUUCGGUCCCGGCAAUGGCUUCACCACCCUCUCCGUUGUCGACAACAAGCUCAAGGAGAUCAUCUACCCUGCCUAUACCGAUGCCCAGCUGGCGGGCGGAAAGGUGGUCACUCCUGACCAGAGCUACACCCCUGCUGCUCUCCCCUAA